GGCUAAAAGAGAGUCUUUAAGUCUGUUCAUUAGUAUAAACGCAGCCUGCUGGUUUAAACAUUGCGAGAUGACGGUUGCUCGACCAUUUUUUACUCAUUUUCCGUUGUCGGCUGAGUUCUUGGAUUGAGAUUCAUUCAACAUCAUCGACCCUACAAUGGUGCCCCCAUUCAAUCUUUUCAAUGCACUCGUCACAGUACCAGUACUUGCUAGUAUCAUCUGUGCCACUCUUGUCUUCCAAGGAGGGAUUCAACUUCUCAACUUUUGGAGCAUUUCUGUUGUUGUCAUCAGUGCCGUUACUUUCUUUCUCCUUCCCUGCCUUUUAUACAACUGGCAUCGACGAGUUGCUCUCUCUUUGGGAGGAGUACAUGUCAAAGUGAUUGAUGGUCUUGUGAAGCUGCGCACACUGGAGGCUUACCUUCGACCUUUGGACCCAAGCAACCAAAAGCACUUUCUACUCCACCUUCCAUCCUUGAUUGCUGCCUCGCCCCAGCUUACAACAAUCAAGUUUGACAGCUACUUGGUUUCGACGUUGGAUCAUGUUUGGCCAAUCAUCACUCCUCUUCUCCACAAGGCCAUUACCUCAUGUCCGACGCUCAAGGAAAUUCAUUGCACACUUUGUCACCCUGCUCAUGUCGAGGGGCUUGCAACCCUAAUUUCCCAGUGCACAAGCCUUGAAAAUCUCAACAUUGCUCUCAGUAUUAUUGAUGUGCACGGUGCAGAUCACUAUUUUGACUCUAUCAAGCAGGCGAUUCGACAUCAUCCAAAUCUCAAAGCCUUGGUUUUGCGUGCAGGAGCGGGAAUUGGUUGGAAUCCAGCAUGGUGCUCCCUUGAUCUGCCACAGUUGAUCUUCGAUCUACAAAACCUAGAGUCCAUUCAAUUCAAAGGUCUAGGUGUCGCCGGAAUCUCCCUCGAGGAUAUUGCAGCUGUUAUUGAGGCUCACAACAAGUUGAAGAUCUUUGGAAUAGAGGCUGAGGACCCUGCCCUGGAUUUCUAUUGUCUUGAUCUUCAACAUCGAAUCAUCAACCACCUUGCACUCAAUCGGGCCCUGGCCAUGCUUGGCGCCAAUCCUACCUUUCGAAUUUGGGUGGUGACCCUGACCACCUUUCGCCAUUACCCAACUGUGGUGGAUUACCUUGUUGGCAUUGGGAUUCCCAAUGGUGGUUGUGUCAUGAAUGUGUGGGCCCAGGCUGCCUUGGAUGGUUUGAAUGCUCAGUCUUCUCACCCUCCCGUGCAUCUCCGCACCAUCAAGAAGAGCUGGGAGGAAGUGUGCUUAGGAAGCCGUGUCUGGGACCGCAAUCGAAAACAGAUCUUCUCGCUGCCUCCUAUUGAGAAACUUUGGGCAAGUGGACGCACCUCAUACCCUUAUGAUCCCCGUCCCAUCAUGAUGAAGUUUCACCCUAGUGAUAACAAUUCCAAUGCCAUUGAGUGGGGCGAACCUAGCAACCUUCGAACCAGACCCACCCUCGUCCCCGUCGUCCCAGCCAAACAAACCACCUUUGUGGACACACUACGAACCAUUGUUGCAGGGAUGUUCAUUACCCUUGUCUCCGCCGUGCAAACCCUUGGAGCGGCCUCACCCUUGUCACCUGGAGCUGCAUUACCUUUCUUCAACUACUAAGUUACCUUUGCCCUGGAAACCAGCCAUGAGCAGCCUCUACGCCAAAGUGGGAGAAGCCCAGAACAUGGCAGGACAACAUGCAAAGCCAGCUAUCUCCCUUGGAGCCUUUGAUCCAACCAGAUUUGGCAAUGAAACCACAGACACAAAUCAUAAUUAAUUAAUUUUAAAAAAGGCACAUCAUUACU